AUGUGUAGAAGAGUCCUUAUUGACACUGGGGAGCCAGCUACUCCUGAAUAUAUUGGCUGGUUAAAAAGGCAUUUAAAGCAGGCACUGUCAGAGUUCAGCAUCUCAAUUCAAGAAAUUUUAGUGACACACUGGCAUCACGAUCAUACUGGUGGAAUACCUGAUAUCUGCAAAAACAUCCCUAAUGACUCUGAAUAUCGCAUCUGCAAGCUUCCUCGUGUCCCUCACUGUGAAGAAAUAAUAGAAGGAGGACAUAAAUAUUUUUAUCUUAAAGAGGGAGAUGUGGUACAGACAGAUGGAGCCACACUCAGAGUUUUAUAUACGCCUGGACACAGUGAUGAUCAUAUGGCCUUACAUCUAGAAGAAGAAAAUGCUGUAUUUUCUGGUGACUGUAUUUUAGGGGAAGGAACAACAGUAAUUGAAGACCUGUAUGAUUACAUGGAAACUUUGAGAAGGUUGUUACAAAUGAAACUAGAUUUAAUAUAUCCAGGUCAUGGCCCAGUAGUACGUGAUGCAAAUGCUACAAUCCAAGGCUACAUUUCUCACCGAACUGCACGUGAACAGCAAAUUCUAAAUGUUUUACAGAAGAAUGCUGGAAAAUCAUACACAUCCUCGGAGCUUGUAAAGAUAGUAUACAAGGAGGUCCCUGAAAAUUUACUUCUAGCAGCAGAACAUAACCUCAUAGUCCACUUGAAGAAGUUGGAAAAAGAAGGAAAAGUGUUACAUGAUGCGUCUCCCAACUUCAGAUGGAGAAACAACUUAUAAGUUAAGCAAGAUUGCUCAAGAAUAUUUUUAAUCUUCACGGUUGCUGCAUGAAGAAAAUACAAUUACGAGCUCAGACAAUAUGUAAAAUAAAAACUAAUUCUUCUUUCUUUUUUUUUUAAAAAAGUGGUAACACAAUUUUAAGGCAACGUUAAAGCAAAGUCAGUUAACUAAUGUUUUUCAUAUUCUACUUUAUGGGAAUUUUAAAAACAACCUGAUAGGCACUGAGUUAAUAAAAUGGAAUGAGUGGGAAGAAAUGAAUGUUACCUCUGUUAUAAAAUACCCAGCUUUGUCAUCGGUGGCAGAAGACAAAUAGCAAGGUCUUAUAAACUUAAUAUUACAAUAUUAUAAAGCAAUAUUAUAAACUUAAUAAAUCAGAUCUAUAAAAAAUGCCUAGUAAAAAGAAUAGAAAAGAUGUUAUUCUAAACCUAUUUUCAUUUGCUUGUGCUUUUCAAAAGUUGAUUUUCUAGUAAGUUACCUGUACGUUCUAAAAAACAAAUUAUUUUUGUUAACAGGGGUUUAUAUUCCUUUCCUAAUUUAGCUGCCUGUGCACAUCUUUGCUGGUUGCUUACUGGAAUAGGUUUUAACAGGUGCUGAAAGUAAUUUCAGACGUCUCUGUUUUCCGGUGGAAACACCAUUUCUAUGGAAUUCAUCAAAGGAUUCAUUAAUUUUAACUAAUCAAUGUCAAAAAAUGCACGGAGUUGGAGCAGACUCUUAAAUUCCUUAUAAGAUUCUGCAAGAACAUGAUUAAAAAGCUGUAUAAAUUGAUACGUGUUACACACUACACAAUGGUAAGUUUGUCUACCACUUUAUAAUUAACAAGCUUCAACUUUUACCGUUGAAUCCAUUUAAACUACAGAUACUUUAACUAAAGGUUGUAUUUGGUUGUAAGAUACUGUAUAGUGUAUUAAAGUACACUGAAGAUUAAUUUAAACUGCAAGUUCAGUUCUUUGUGUAGCUUACACUUUCAGGAUAGUGUAUAAAUAUUUGCAUUGCUUUGUGUAUUCAAAGUGUGUGAAGUUUUUAUGAUUUAUGCACUACUUUUAAUGCUGGCUCAACCUUAAAAAAAAAAUCAGAUAUGAGAUGUUUGAAAGUACCAAUGACAAAUGUAUGCCCUUGAAAAUCCUUGAAAACCUUUCACCAUUCAAUCCUGUACCUUCAUUUGUGAAACGUGCUUGGGUAUUUAAGGCAUGUCUUAAUAAUUGCCAUUAUUUUAUUAAGCUGAUGGCAUUUGUUCUGAUCAGUGGAGCCAAAUCCAAUACAAAAAUACUCCCAGAACCAGCAAUCCAAAACUGAUUCUGAAGUAGUAACCAGACCCCCAAAGAGGGAAAAUAGUAGCUUUCUGCUCUAUAAAGUUAUGCUUUUUGCAAAAUUCAUUGAUCUGGUUUUUGGCCACGUCAUGACUCUUGUUCACUUUUAACUUUCUGUGCAGUGCCAUUUUGGGGUCUUUUUCAGGUCUCCUUUUAUAUUUUCUGUUUACUUGCAUUUUUCCAUUUCAGCCUCUUUUGUGUGUGUGUGUGUGUGUGUCCCCAAACCUUAUUAAUUUCAAUUCCUUUUGGAUUGUUUCCCUCCUUGCAAUUACUCAGAAGCUUUUACAUGGACUUCUUGCCAUUAAUAGUUACUGUUUUCCUGUAGCUAUUUCAUGAAUUUAUAGUUACAUUUCCCAUUGCUAGGAAUAAGAAAUUAUUACCGUUUUCUUUUUCAAAAACGGAAUUCACAUGCACUGAGUGAUGUCAUUUUGCUUCAGGGAAGCAGAAAGAUCAGUGAAAUGGCACAGUUUUCUGUCAUAAGGUCUGAGAACCUACGCCAGCAGGAAGGUGGUAUGAAGAGGUGAUGUCUCAUUAAGUUUUUGAGCUGAAGAAGAAAUCAAGUGGCAGGCAAAAUGUCACUGAACCAUUUUCUUCUGUUUUGCUAUAGUUCAUUUUUAAAUGCACGGAAAUGGCUUUAGAAUUCAGUUAAAGUAUUGUUGGAAUUUGCAGGCAGCGAAGAAAGCGAGAGGAUACAAAUCAGAAUUCCACGUUCUGUGCUGUGCUGCAGAAAGUGCCUGACAUUCUCAAAAAGUGAAGGAAAUUGCCUUUUAACCAGGCUUGUCAUUAGUGAUCGCGGAUGGUGUCUCUGGGAUAUUAAAAGCAGAGAUUGCACUGUUACUAAGAUGUAUAUACAAUAAAGGGUACGUAUAUCAGUUCUGGCAUCUUGUAAAAAUCUUAAGACUUCCUUGCUGAUUAUGAGGUUGUAAGUCAGAAGGAGUAUUUGUUUGUUUAAAAACAGAAUGGUAAUGUAAGCUACAUGCCAUGUGUGUAUAAAAAUGGGGAUUAGCCUGUUUACAUCCCUUGUAUUGAAUACAUUCAUCUGUGCAGAAUGCAUUAGAAGUUAAGAAUAAAAACAGGAGAAGGGGCAAUUUCUGUCUUGUCAAGCUGGAAGGGCGAAUGCCAUUCAAUGUGUUAACUUUCUAAACAGGUGAAGUAGAGCUGCCUGACAGGACGGUGUAGUGA